AUGCGUUUACGGCGUUUUCAUUCCACUCAGCUUCUUAAAGAAUUCGUUACUAUAUACACGCCUCCUUUUGCCGAAUCUAUAUCAGAAGGCGAUAUACGAUGGCUUAAAUCUCCUGGAGAUUUUGUGAAUGAGGACGAAUUAGUUGGCGAGAUCGAGACUGAAAAAACUACUGUUCCUCUUCCAGCGCCCUGUUCAGGUGUAAUAAAAGAAUUGCUUGUUGCCGAUGGAAGCAAAGUCGUUGCGAAACAGGAACUUUGCAAAAUGGAUUCGGGUACCGGCGCUAAGCCCCAUACAGAGAAAAAGCCAGAUUCUCUAGGAAGCCCCGAUUUGGUUCAUCCAGUCUCUUCUAAACGCGAAGUCGUAGACUCUGCUACCUAUCCUCCUAAAGAGACAAUCAUUUCUGUGGUCCAACCUCCUACAUCUCCAUCUCUUCUUCGUCCGAAGGACCAAGAAAGUCCUUCAUCUUCUUCGAGCGCAUUAAGAGGCGAAGAGCGUGUAAAAAUGAACAGAAUGCGCAGGCGUAUUGCUCAACGCUUAAAAGAAUCACAAAAUACAUGUGCUAUGCUAACAACAUUUAAUGAAGUUGAUAUGUCAAAUCUAAUCGAACUUAGAAAUGCAUUCAAAGAGGCCUUUUUAAAAAAGCAUGGAGUCAAGCUGGGGAUAAUGAGUGCAUUUACAAAGGCAGCAGCUAUUGCUCUAACGGAUCAGCCGAUUGUCAAUGCUGUGAUCGAUGAUACCGAAAUCGUCUAUCGGGAUUACAUAGACAUCAGCAUUGCUGUUGCGACUCCAAAGGGUCUUGUCGUUCCUGUUCUUCGCAACGUGGGGCACAUGAAUUAUGCUGAUAUAGAGCGUGGCAUUAAUGCACUUGGAGAAAAAGCCAAAAGCGGUCAGUUAGCUGUUGAAGAUAUGGAGGGCGGAACAUUUACUAUCAGCAAUGGGGGUGUGUUUGGUUCGCUAUUUGGAACCCCCAUAAUAAAUCCACCGCAAUCUGCGAUAUUAGGUCUUCAUGGUUCUUUUGACCGCCCUGUAGUUCGGGGUGGCCAGGUCGUGAUUCGACCGAUGAUGUACCUAGCUCUUACCUAUGAUCAUCGAUUAAUAGAUGGACGCGAAGCAGUAACGUUUUUGCGCAAAAUCAAAUCGUUUAUUGAGGAUCCUCGAAUUUACUUCCUGCAACUUUGA